AUGCCCGAUAUCCCCAAGUAUGAUGGGACAACAGACCCACAGAAGCAUGUGACUUUGUAUACUUGCACUAUAAAAGGUAAUGAUGUGGAAGAAGAUGAAAUCGAAUCAGUGUUGUUGAAAAAGUUCGGUGAAACAUUGUCUAAAAAAGCACUGACUUGGUACGAUCAUCUGCCCGAGCAUUCCAUCACUUCUUUUGAGAUGCUCGCAGAUGCAUUUAUCAAAGUCCAUGCUGGUGCCAAAAAGAAUUCUGAUAAAUCAAGGAGGAAUUUCGAACCGGAGAUAAGGUCAUCAAAGGACAGGUAUCGACUGUAUGCUCAACCGGAGAGAUCCAGCUUUAGGUCGAACAAGGGAAGAAACGGCCCUAGCCAUCCUUCAAGCAGAGGUGAUAGGCGAAAUGAUCGUGGAUCAACCAGUCGUGGCUUGCUGUUUAGAGGUGACACCAGUGGGUCGGCCAACAAUGGGGACAUUCCGAGGUUAUCAGAGUACAACUUCAACAUCAACGCGACAGAUCUUGUCUUAGAUAUUGGCCAUAUCAAAGAUGCCAGGUGGCCGAGACCAUUAAGAUCUGAUCCAUCUCAAAGGGAUCCAAGUGUGAUAUGUGAGUAUCAUGGGACUCAUGGCCAUAGAACCAAAGACUGUCGCCAAUUGAGAGAAGAGGUGGCUCGAUUGUUAAAAAACGGUCACCUUCGUGAAUUCUUGAGUGAGCGGGCCAAAGGACACUAUAAAGAUAGGGAAAAUCACAAACAGGUCGAGCCUAUGGAGCCACAACAUGUGAUCAAUAUGAUAAUCGGAGGAACAGACAGGCCACGAGGACCGGUGAUGAAGAGGACAAAGGUUUCAAUUGUUCGAGAGAAGCGGACCGGAGAUUAUGUGCCCGAGGGAUCUAUUUCCUUCAACGAUGAGGAUGAAGAAGGUAGUUCGGCCAACAUUAUCCAAUGGAGAGUAGUAGAACAACUGGGGCUAUUGGACCAAAUUGUUCCGGUAGCUCGAGUUCUCAGCGGAUUCAAUAUGGCAAGUGAAACUACUAAGGGAGAGAUCUUCUUGCCGGUCAACAUCGACGGAACUAUUUAG